CGCGCGCUGUCGAUUCUCCUCUGCCGCCUUCUCCAUUCGCUCAUCGCAGUAUCCGGUCGACCCCCCCUCACCCCACAACAUCUCCUGCUCGUGCGUCACUUCCGCUCGUCUCGUGCCGCUGUCGCCAUGGGUGUCACGAAGCUGACUAACAAGGAGGAGUACAAACAGGUUCUGGAGCAGAACAAGCACAAGUUGGUCGUAAUCGAUUUCUCGGCCACAUGGUGUGGUCCGUGCAAGAUCAUCUCUCCAAUCUUUCAUGCCUUUGCAAAUGAGUACCACAACGUAGUGUUCUGCGUGGUGGACGUGGACGACGCUCCGGAUAUUGCCGAGUUGUGUAACAUCAAGGCAAUGCCCACAUUCAUUUUCUUCAAAAACAACGAAAAGGUAGGGGAGGUGAUGGGUGCCAAUAAGGAUCACCUGGAGAAGACGUUAAAGGAUCUGAUGUAAAUGUAACGAGUAAACUCAGCAGAUUGCCUUCAUUUUAAUUAUUUUUGCUUAUUUUUCCAAUAAAGACCAUGAUUUAUUCUCUUCAUAUGGCACCAACAAGCUUCUGCUGCGAGAACAAUUGAAGGAGCUUUAAAAUUAAAUAAAGCCGUUGAAAAAAAACGAUGCUUAAAUAACAAAACUCUUAACUGUGGAAGGUAGAAAGGCUUACUAAAGAGGUACAUGUGAAGGUGUCUUAAGACAGGAGUUUAUCUGAUAUUUGCUGUAAAUUCAAUUUGAAUAAAAUGCUGUUGUAACCUCCGUGAUAGGAGUUUUGGCUGUAGACAUUUAUGCACAGCUGACUGGUGCAGAUUAUGGAUGAGACAAGUCUCAAAUUAACACCUGGACUUAUGAACAAUUGUGUUUGGGCUGAGAUUUCAUUUUAUUGAUGGAGUAUACAUCUUAAGCAUUUGAGGCUGUAUGUGAAAUUUAAAAUAAAAUGAAUUUGGUAAUCUGC